AUGGGUUUUGGCGACUUCACCAGCCUCUGCCGUACGGCACCCAUCCCAUUAUGCGCGUCUGUCGGUGCCAUCACCUCCAUCUCCUUUGGCGUUGGCAUCGAGCCCGACUGCUAUGCUCGCAACAUUGAGCUGGCCAAUACCAUCAUCUUCCAGGGCGCCGCCAGCGCCAUGCACAUUGUUGCUCUGUUGAUGACCAUUAUCAUGAUCUUCCACGUCCGGGGGAAGUUCACUGCAGUUGGCCGUAAGGAAAUCACGACAUUCUUCUACCUCUACCUGCUGCUCACCUUUUUCUCGCUCAUCGUCGACGCCGGAGUCGUGCCACCAGGCUCUGGGCCCUACCCGUACUUUGUCGCCAUCCAGUCUGGCCUCGCGUCCGCCCUCGUCACCUCGCUCUUCAUUAACGGCUUCGUCGGCUUCCAGCUCUACGAGGACGGCACACCGCUCUCCCUCUGGAUGCUUCGCCUGUGCUCCUUUGCCGCCUUUGUCAUCUCCUUCCUCGUCUCGCUCGCCACAUUCAAGUCCUGGGCCGGCCUUGGCCCCACCAACACCGUCGGGCUCUUUGUCGUUCUAUACCUGCUCAACGGCAUCCAACUGCUCGUCUACAUUGUCCUGCAGACUCUCCUGGUCUUGCGCACCCUGCAGGACCGCUGGCCGCUCGGCGACAUUGCCUUUGGCGUCUUCUUCCUCAUCGCCGGGCAGGUCCUGCUGUACGCCUUCAGCUCGCGCAUCUGCGUUGCCAUCAGCCACUACCUCGACGGCCUCUUCUUCGCCACCACAUGCAACUUGCUGGCCGUCAUGAUGGUCUACAAGUACUGGGACUCCAUCACCAAGGAGGAUCUCGAGUUCUCCGUUGGCACCCGCAUGAACAACUGGGAGGUCAAAGAGCUGAUGCCUGAGGAAGACCGCCGCAACACGAUCUACACCGAGGAUCCCUAUGGCCAGUCGAGCGCCUAUGACCACCCCUAUUCGCCUACCGGCAACCGAUUCUCGAAAUACUAG